GCUAAAAUGAAAUUUUAUUCUUUCAGACGGAGAAGUGUUUCCAGAGGCAGCCUACAGUUUUCCUGAACAAGAAAAGCGUCUUGCUGUCUGGCAAGGGAGCUAAAAACUUGCGUUAUGUUCGCAAUGUAGGUCUAGGAUUCAAAACUCCACGAGAGGCCUCUGAAGGAACCUACAUUGACAAGAAGUGCCCGUUCACAGGCAAUGUGCAGAUCCGGGGCCGUAUCCUGACCGGGGUUGUGGCCAAGGUGAAAAUGCAGAGGACAAUUGUGAUCCGAAGAGACUACCUGCAUUACGUGAAGAAGUACAACAGAUUUGAGAAGAGGCACAGGAACAUCUCUGUCCACUGUAGCCCCUGCUUUAGGGACAUCAACAUUGGUGAUGUGGUAACCGUGGGAGAAUGUCGUCCUCUUAGCAAGACUGUGCGCUUCAACGUGCUCAAGGUGACCAAGAGUGCUGCUGCCAAGAAGGGAUUCUCCAAAUUCUGAGCACUUUCUGGAAAUCUCGAAAAUGAAACCCCAAUAAAGAAAAAAAAUUCUAUAGAA